AUGCUGCGCGGCUUCGAUACAGCGCUCCGCCUCCUCCAACCCAGCCUCCAUUUCCCGGGGCCGCCGUGCGUUCCCCCGGUGACCGUGAUCGCGCUGCGCGGAGCCGCCGGCCCCGCCCCCAGAUAUCCGGCCCCGCCCCCAAAGCCCCGGACGCCCGGCCCCGCUCCCAGACGCUCGCCCCGCCCCCCCCCGCCCCCCCCCCCGAGACACCCAUUCUCCAUUCCCCCACUAUUCCUUCCUCCGCAGUCCGAGCCCCGCCGGCUCGCGAUCAGGCGUCACCCGCACGAUCUGCGCAUGCCCUUGACCUUUUGGCGGCCAUGUUUGUUGGGGGCCCCAACCGCUGAACGUUGCACUUCCCCAGCAACGUGCGGGGAAAACAUGUCGCCAGUUCCUAGACAUGGAGUGAGGAGGUCGGGGGUCACCGGCUAUUCCCGAAUAUGGUCGCGGGCAGUUCUUUAUCAUUUGAGUACACAAGUAUGGUCGGCAAACAUGAGUGUCUGCAUUGCCCAUGAAGACACACAAAGUAUUCUUGAACAGCAACUUCCGCAUCUGCGUGGUGAAAAAGGCUCCAUCACCAUUCGUAUUCUCAAUGACGACAGAGCCCAGCGUAUCAAUACAAAAGACAAAGCUGAGUUGGCUGAACAUUUUAAGAUGAAUAUCAAGGAAAUUAAAACAUCAAGGUUGGCUUCAGAAUGAAAACUUGACCCCUCACUUAAAAAUUGAAGAAACUCUGGUCAAAUCUUCAUAACUACCAUGUAAACAAUUAAGUACAAGUGCUCAAUUGGCAAAUUUGUUUCCUUUGAAAUUUAAACGCAUCUAGUAAAUUCAAAUGAGAAGGAAAAGAUUGGAAGCCAUUCCAUCCCUCCUUUUCUGGUCAUAACACCAAUACACUUAACAAUGUGGAAAUAAAUGUGGGACAAUGUAGCUGAAAUACUGUUGUUAAGCACUGAUGGAAAAUAAUUAGGUACUGCAGUCAAAUAAGCAGAAAAUGCCCCUUGCAACUUAAACCCAUCAUCAGUAUUAAGUGUCAGUCUUGGUUUAAUGGUGUCACUCUGAUCUCUCGGUUAGAAAUUUAAGUCGUUCUCCAGAGAAAUAAUACAUAAUCUAAAUUGACUGUUCAGUACCAAGGGAGCCUGACCUUUGGAGGUUUCAUCUGUUGGGUGAGUUAUUAAACUCAUCUGCCCACUCAUUUGGAUAUAAAAUAUCCCAUGGCAGUCCUGCACAGAAGAGAAAAUGAGUUCAGUUUUCUUCACUAAUAUUCACCCCUAAAUGGAAACAGCAAAGUCAACGGAUCCUGCUAACAUGCCAGUUGUCCUACUGAAGAGUUGAGUUCCCGAAUUAACUGUGCCUAUUGUCAAGGUGUUCUAGCACAGCGACAACACGUGCAUUUACUCAUGCAUUUACCCAACAAUGUUGAAAAUUACCAAGGUAUCUUGUGCUCACAAAAGGCAAGACAAAUCCAAUGGGACCAAUUAACACCUGAUCAAUUUACAGAACAAAAAAUGGUACUCAGCCACAAUUUCCUGCCCAAUGCUCAGUUUGAUUUCUGCCUAAGCCAGUUAUCCAGACCUCAUUACACAAGUAGACCAUACAUGGACAAAAAUGUCGAAUUAUAAAAAUGAGGUAAGAGUAAUUGCUCUUAACACCAAGGUAUUUGAACAAUUAUGGCAUCAAGAACCCCUAGAAAAACCACAAGGUUGGACCAUUGGUCCACUCAUCUUCAACUGCGCCAUCAAUAACCUUUCGACCAUUAUAAUAUCAAUAGUGGUACUUUUGUUAAUACUUUCACAGAAUUCCAUACCAUUUAUAAUUUCUCAGAUACAUGCCCACAUAAAGCUAGAACUGGAUAACAUUCAGGCUUAGGCUGAUAUGUGACCAGUGACAAUUGCGGCACACAACUGCCAGAAAAUGAUCAUCUCCAACAAGAGAAUAUCCAAUCAUCUCCCCUUGAUAUUCAACACCAAUGCCAUUGCUGAAUUCCCCACUAUCUACAUCCUGGGCAUUACCAUUGUCCGUAAGGUUAACUUGACCAGCUGUUUAAUUGUUGUGGCUGCAAGAGCAGGUCCGAGGCUGAGAUUCCUGCAGCAAGUAACUCACUUCCUAACUCCCCAAAGCAUGUUGUCUAUCCACAUAUCACAAAUCAGGAAUAUGAUAGAAUACUUUCCACUUACCUGAAAGAGUGCAGCUCCUACCGUACCAUCGAAGUAGUUUACAACCACCACCAUAAAUAUUUGCUUCCUCUGUCACCAGUGCACAUUAGCAGCGAUUUGUACCAUCUACAAAUGAGCUACAGCAAGUUACCAAGUCUCUUUUAAUAGCACCUUCCAAACCUGUGACCUCUUACAUUUAGAUGGACAAGGAACAGACACAUGAGAACAUGCCAAACUGCAAAUUUUCUUCCAAAGAAAGAUGUAUAGGUGUAAAUUUUGAUGCAGUUGAUUUUGAGAAUGCUGCUGAGGAUAUAGUAAAUUAUUUGUAUGAAUAAUUAAAUUAGAUACAAGCAAAUAAAAUAAAUAAAAUGGAAGUAAAUUGUGUUUUUUUUCUCAAAUGAUGUAUUUGUGGAUAAAAUUUUGAGUGAAUUUAAAUGCUUGUGUUUCAUAUUUGUGGAAAGAAGAUUGUUAAUUAUUAUAAUUGUGUGAAAGAAGUUAAUCAAGUGAAUUAUUGAAUUAAAUCUAAUGGAAAUAAGAUACAUUUUAAAUAAAUUACUGCAUAGAAACA